AUGAGUUACGGACUAAAAGGUGCCUAUGAAACUACUAGUAAUAAUAAUGCUAGUACAGAUGUUGAAUGUCAUCAAUAUCUUCGGCAUGCCACUCGUUCUGAUGAAUUAUCAACAACAUAUUCAAAUGAUUUUCAUAAUUCGUCAAUAUCUAAUGGUCGUAAUAGAUUAGAUGAUAUUGAAGAUGAACAAAUGGAGAAACAAGAACAACAAAUAGAUGAUGAUUAUGAAGAAAUUGCACCUGAUCGGCCUAGAUUACUCAUGUGGGGUUUAACAAAAAGUGGUAAAACUUCCAUAAUUAAACUUAUUUUUGAAAAAAUGACAGCCGGUGAAACACUUCAACUUCCAGAAACAAAAACGAUUCAAAUACAUGAACUCACUUGUGGCAUUCAUGUCAGAUUUCAAAUUCGUGAUGUACCCGGUCCAAAAACAGCAUCUUUAUUUGAUUUUGACACAUAUUCAUCUGAAUGUACGACAAUUGUAUUUAUUCUUGAUGCUACGGAAGAUUGUUCAGAUGCAAUUAAUUUGUUAGUUAGUUCUGUGCAAUGGAUACAUUCACAAGGUCGUAAUGUACGAUUUGAAGUACUGAUUCAUAAAAUUGAUGGUGUACAUGAACCAGAUCGUUUAGAACGUCAUUCACAUAUUCAACAACAAGUAACUGUUAUGUUACAUGAAUGCUCAAUAGAAGAACCAUUAAUAAAUUUUUAUUUGACAAGUAUUUAUGAUCAUUCAAUACAUGAAGCAUUCAGUAAAAUAGUUCAGAGUCAAAUAAGACAAUUACGUGCACUCGAAAAUAUGCUUGAUUUAGUUACAGCGAGUACUCAAUUGGAUAAGAUCUUUGUGUGUGAUAUUUAUAAUAAAAUAUUUCUUGCAUCUGACACAAAACCAGUCGAAAGUCAAAUAUCGGAAUUGUGCUGUGAUGUUGUUGAUGUUUAUACAGACAUUUCGUCUAUAUAUGGGACAAAUAAAAGUCCGGUGCUUGAUUCAAUGUCAUGUUGUACUAUUGAACUUUCAAUAGGUCUUGUUUUAUAUUUAAAAAAUAUUAAUCCAACAACAGCACUCAUAUGUAUUUUAAAGAAAGAACCUAAAAUUAAUGAAGCCUUGAUGGAUGUUAAUUUAAAUAUUCUGAAACAAAAUAUUCAAGAAUUAUUUCUAGCUAGUUCAAAUUGUUUACCACGCCGACAAUUAAAUUCAACAAUCAAAUAA